AUGCCUGGGAAGAAUUUUCCUGCGUAUCAUUAUCCAAAUUGGCGCCCUCCAACCCCGCCUCUUCCAGAACCAGAAGAAGAAGAAAAACAUACAGAAUCCUGUUCUAUCGAGAAUUUUAGUUUUCCUCCACCUCCACCAAAAUUUGUUUCAAAAUCUUCAAUUCAAGUAUCGGGUGAAUCUCUAUUAAAUUCUCAAUCAAAAAAGCCAUCAAAUAAGAGAAGUUCGUCUAUAUCUGUUCCUGAACCUGUUACGAAUGCUCCAUCAACUCCAGUUAAUUCACAAACUGAAAAAUUGCCAACUCAAAGAAAUUUUCAAACCACAAUAAAUGAAACAGUUACGUGUCAAAUACAAACACCAAUCCUUCCAAGUUGGCGUCGCACUUCUGAAAGACAACUGCAACAAGAUAAUAAAUUGGAUGAAUCUUCAGAAUUCAAAAAGCCGGAAUUUAGAAAGCGUCUCCGUUCUGAUAUUAGCGAAGAUAUUAACGAUAAAUCUCCUUUAACCGACACAAGUAAAGAUGCUGGUUCUCCUUCAAUAAGUGAUUAUAUUUAUCCACCAAAAGAUAUGGAAGAAAUGGUUUCAAAGAAGAAUUUCUUUCCUUCUCCAACAAAAUCUGUAAAUUCAUUACCAAAUACUUCAUCAUUAACAACAAAAACAACAGAAACUAUUCUAAAUUAUCGUCAUUUAAAUUUCUUUAACAAUUCUUCUUCCUCAACAAAUUCAUCAAUAAAAUCAACACCAACAAUAACAACAACCCCUCAAUCUUCUCCCUAUAAAAAAGAAUUUAAUAAUAAUUUUUCAUCAAAAAAUUCUUCAAUAGGAAACGGACGUUUCACAUUUUUUACACCAAAAUUUAAUCCUUUGCGUUACAAAAAUGGAUGGCUUUUUAGACAUUUAUGUGAUAAACCUGCUUUAAAAAAUCCAGCAAUUAAAAAUAGUCCAAUAAAAAAUGAAGAAGAGAAAAAUGAAGGGGAAGAAGGAGGAGAAGGAUAA